AAGAUUUACGUACGUGCUUGGUUUUCGACUCCUAAAACAUACUUCGUAGAAUUUGCUUUGCACUUUGCAAUGGCAUUCGAGAUAACAAAUGAAAUGCUGGUUGGCAGUUUAAUGCCAGUUAUUGUUUAUUGGGUGUAUGGUGGACUGUAUACGAUUUUAGGCUACUCUUGUAACAAUUACAGGUUGCAUCCUAAAGAAGAUGAGGAUGAGAAGAACUUUGCCUCCAAAAAGACCGUCAUCAAAGGCGUCCUUGGGCAACAAUUUCGUCAGUUCAUCGCCACUAACCUAUUAUAUAUGAUAACAAGAGGAAAUGAUCCCGGAGCUUCUUCAGGGCAGUCAACUUCCUUCUUUGUUAUAGCAAGACAGUUUAUUGUAGCAAUGUUCGUAUUCGAUACUUACCAAUAUUUUCUUCAUAGAUACCUACACCAGAACAAGUUCUUGUACAAGCACCUCCAUUCCAAGCAUCACCGACUGGUGGUUUCGUACCCAUUUGGUGCUAUCUACAGUCAUCCGAUCGAGGGACUUCUUUUUGACAUCAUAGGCGGUACAAUGGCUAUUUACAUCUCUGGCAUGUCCCCUCUAACGUCUGCCUUCUUCUCCUCUUUCUGCAACAUGAAAUCAGUGGAUGACCAUUGUGGAUUAAUGCUUCCCUGGAAUCCCUUUCAUAUCUUCUUUACAAACAACACCGCGUAUCAUGAUCUCCACCAUCAGCUUUACGGUGGCAAAUACAACUUCUCCCAACCAUUCUUCUCCAUUUGGGACAAGAUUUUGGGAACAUAUAUGCCUUAUUCACUUGAGAAAAGAGAGGAAGGAGGCUUCAAAUUGCGGCCCCUUAAGGAGUUCAAGAAUUAAUUAUUUAACUAAUUACUAGUGCUCCUACUAGUAUUUACUGCCAUAGCAUCAAUGUUUGCUUCCUUUAGUUUUUAAUUAUUACAAAAACGUAGCAAGCAUGUUUACAUGCUUCAUGUCGUAAUAAAAAAGCUUGAAAUGUAAAUUUGGGCCUGAUUUGUUAUAAAACUAGCUAGUAAUUAAGAAUGAA